AUGCAAGACCUAGUGUGGAAAUGUCAUACAGACAGCAAUUCGUGUAUCCUUUAUAUUGCCGCUACUUUGUGGAAUAGUUAUGACAGUCUUAAUACUGUCAAUAAGCAAAGUGACAAACAGUCAAAAAAGAGCGUUCUGAGUUCGGUAUUCUUCACAAUAUUUGAGAUCUGCACUUUGUGUAACACAAGUGCACCAUCAUAUAAUAUGAUAGUUGACAGUCUAGAGUGCAGUAUAUGUUUACAAAAUUUUAUUCAUCCUGCACAAUUACCCUGUGGGCAUAUAUUUUGCUUUUUAUGCAUCAAAGGUUGUGCUUUUCAUAGAUUGAAAUGUCCUAUGUGUCGUAGUAGAUUUUCUUCGCGUUUCUUUGAUGAUCCCAAACUUGUUAAUGUCUGCGUAAAAAGUGAAAAAGAUCGACUUGAUGAAAUAAAUCAACUAGUCGAUUCAUGUAAAUGUUUGUCAAUCCAACCACAACAAUCAACAGUAGACGAAGGCAAUGCUUCCAGUUCAAAUCAAUAUCAAUGUUCAGAUUAUGCCUGGUUCUACGAAGGUUUUCAAGGUUGGUGGCAAUACGAUGAACGUACAUGCUAUGAGUUAGAAAAUGCAUUUAACAAACAAUUACCAUCUCAUGAGUUAACAAUUGCAGGUUAUAUUUAUGUUAUAGAUUUAAAGAAUAUGACUCAAAUACGCAAAGAUCGUUCUGGACGUUUACGUCGAAUUAAACGGGAUUUAUUGAGUUGUGAAAAGAAAGGUGUUGCUGGAAUAAAGCUUUCCUCGAUUCAAGCAUCUAGCGCUGAUAUAAUUUCUAAAACACCCAGAUGUGAUGAAGCUAGUAUUUCUAACUCUGAUACACUUCCUACUACCAGCUGUAUUCCUCCUUCAAAUUCUUCAGCUUCCACUUCAAAUCCUGGAUCUUCAACACAUGGCCGAGUAUUACGUUCAAGUCGGUCACGUACUCCGCAUUCUUUCGGUAAUACAAGCAUUGGAUUAGCGUAUACAGCUGACGCCGUCCAUAGAUCUAUUUCAUCUGGACCACGUAAUCAGAGUGAUACAAGCACCACCUCCUCCGCAACAAAAUCACAUAAUCAACACACAUGAUGAAAGCAUUCACAUUCAUACACUGACUUCUCUGUCGUCGUCUUUUCCUUUGCUUAUAUGCGUCCGGAAACGAAAAUUCACAAUCAAGUCAUUUUGUUUUCAUAACUGUGAUCACUUUUUAAGACUCAUUGAGGAACGCUUAUCUCUGGAGAAAAUUUUUAAAUGUUGUAUCAUAUACACAAAGCUUAGAAAAAACAAACUGUUUUAGAUAGUACAGAAAUUUUUAAAAAUAUAUAUAUAUAUAUAUAUAUA